GUCUCGCUGUGCAUUAUGGGCACGGGCUCCUCCCCACGUGUCUGUGUGGAGCUCAGUCAACAUGGUCUCGACACAGACAGACUUCAGCUGCCGGAGUUAGACUCCACUCCUGCACCGUCUCUCACCACACUUCUGCACAGCUCAGACACGGAUGAGAUAGCUAAAACUGUGCCGUGAAGUGCGCAGGUUGGAUCUUUGAGAUCUGCUGCUCCUGUUUCGUCUCCUCUCCCCUCCUCGCUCUGUUCACACCAAUAUGGCCAGCGGGGAUGAUGAUGACCCCAUUAUAGAGGAGAUUGAUGUGUACCUUGCCAAAAGCCUCGCAGAUAAGCUGUAUCUUUUCCAGUACCCUGUCCGACCAUCCACCAUGACCUAUGAUGAUGUCAACCACUUAUCAGCUAAGAUCAAACCCAAGCAGCAGAGGGUGGAGCUGGAAAUGGCCAUCGACACAAUGAGUCCAAACUACUGUCGCAGCAAAGGAGAGCAGAUCGCUCUGAAUGUGGAUGGCACGACUUAUGACGAAACCAACACCUAUUCCGUGAAAAUGAUGGACAAACAGACCUUCUCCUCCAUCCAGGCCACCACCAACACAUCCAGAUACGCCGCCGCUGUGUUUCGUAAAGGUGAGCUUCACGUCACACCUCUGACGGGAAUCCUCCAAAUGAGACCGAGCUUCUCUUACCUGGACAAGGCUGACACCAAAACCAGAGAGAGGGAGGCGGCAAAUGAAGGUGGAGAUUCCUCCCAGGAUGAAGCCGAGGACGACGCCAAGGCCAUCACGGUGAGGUUUGCUCGUCCUGAGUCAGAGCAGGCUCGGCAGAGGAGGAUCCAGUCGUACGAGUUCCUUCAGAAGAAGCAGGCAGAGGAGCCCUGGGUUCACCUGCACUACCACGGUGUCAGGGACGGGCGCUCGGAGCACGAAAGGCAGUACCUGUUCUGCCAGUCUGUGGACGCCUCGGAGAACUCUGAACUGGUCAAAACUCCAAAGGAGUACCUGGCGAUGCUGAUGCCCCCUCUCGCAGAGGAAAAAGUUGUGAAGCCUGUCGGUCCCAGUAAUGUUCUCUCCAUGGCUCAGCUCCGCACUCUGCCACUGGGAGAGCAAGUCAAGACCCUGAUGAAGAAUGUCAAGGUGAUGCCGUUUGCCAACCUGAUGGGCCUGCUCGCCUCUGGCACGGACUCAACUGCAGCACUGCGCUGCAUCCAACAGGUGGCGCUGCUGGUUCAGGGCAACUGGGUCGUCAAGAGUGAUGUUCUGUAUCCUAAAAACACCUGCAGUCCUCACAGCGGCGUCCCUGCUGAAGUGCUCUGUCGAGGCCGGGACUUUGUGAUGUGGAGGUUCACUCUGGAGCGCUCUGUCAUGAGAAAGGAGAUCGCGUCCAUCAUCAAACUUCCUCCGGAGGAUGUGAAGGAGUUCCUGGAGCAUGUGGCCGCUCCCCGAGUCAACCGGGGCUGGGAGUUCCUGCUGCCUACUGAUGUAGACUUCAUUAAGAAACACCCAGAUGUUGCCCACAGGCAACACAUGCUGUGGCUCGGCAUCCAGAGCAAGCUGGAAAAAGUCUUUAACUUCUCAAAAGAAGACUUCAUGCCAAAGAACUCCCCUCAGCCUGAGCCUGUCCACAUCAGUGGCGAGCAGCGUCUGAAGAUGGCUCAGGAGCGCGCUCACGACAACCGCUCGUCCCUACAGAAGGACCUGGACACCAGGCGGGCAGGGAGCAGCGUCCGUGUCAAACAGGAACCGGUCAGCGACAGGGAAGACGAACCCAUGGACACGUCGUCCUCCAUACCCAACGGUUCCGUCAAUGGUUACCCCAGUGCCAUCUCCCCCGGCUUCGAUCACACUAACGGUAACGGAGGGAGUCCCGCCAACACAGUGUCCCAGGAGCUGCAGGAGUUUGUGACAAAGACUUUCAGGAAGCAUUUUGUACUGACGCUGAAUGAGUUUAAGAGGCUGUUCGGCCUUCACCUGGCCUCUAUGCCAGUGGGACAGAGCGUCUUCCCCUCCAUCUCGGACCACAUGCUGCAGGACGCCAUACUGCUCUGCCAGUGCAAACAGAUAAUGGUGCCUUUUCCUGCUCAGAGCACAGCAGCCCCCGACGAACAGAAGGUGUUUGGUCUGUGGGAGACUGGAGACGAAUUCGACAAGCAACGUCGGCUGCUCUAUGACCUGUUCAACAAGAACUACCGUGUCAGGAGGCCGAUGAUACAAGCCAAACUGGCACAGGAGUUUGGAGACGUCCCGAAGGCGGACAUCGACCGGCUGCUCAAUGAGUGCUGCAGCAGCCACGCAGGGAUGUGGUACCUCAAGGGAACGAUACAGUCCUGACGCUGAGAGUCUGCCACCCCCCCUGCGGUCACCGUCAGCCAAUCAAAUCCUCUCUCGGGUGUCCAGUGGGAGGGCGGCCAGAGAGACGAGAGCCAAUCACAAUCACAGCUCGCCCAGCUCUGAGGGCCGGUGAUUGGAGGACAAAAAAAAAAAAGUCCGCCUCAGCUCGGAACAUGAAGCUUUUCCUGUUUGAACUGGAGCAUUUCUGACUCUGCUGCAGCGCGGAGCGUACUCACAAACAGCUGGAGAGUCUGAGCGGGAAAACAUGAAUAUAAGCAAAUGAAGAAAUAGCUCAAUAUAUAUACGGUUUAUGAGUAGGUUUUUGGAUUUUUUGGACCUCAUGUUUGAUUAUUUUGGAACUUAAAGUUUUACCAGAUGAGGAAUGUGUUUACUGUUGGAAGGAGACGUGGCUCUAAGUGCUCUCAUUCUACUCCUGAUUUGUACAUUUUGCCAGAGGAAACACAUUUUUACUUUAUUAUAUCACCAACAGAGUGAACAUUGAUUCAGUCCUUCAGAAAACAUAAAGAAGCAGCCUGAUUUAUUUUUCAUGCACCAACAUGUUUUCUUUGAUCUGACCUGGUCAAACAAUAUCAACUAUAUACAAUAUUUAUUCCACCCUCAAAACACAAGUAAGAGGGGUGAGCUUUAAAGGGACGGAUGGGUACUUUAUAAUCAGUAUAUUACCUACAGCAGAUGUCGGUCGUCACGCCCCCCAGUUUGGAGAAGCAGACAGGAGUGCUGACACAGUUGAGCAGUGUACUGCUGUGGACAGGGGCAGCUGCAAAACGAUUUUAGCCACCUAAAAACAUCAACAUCAGUUUAAGUGUAUGCUGUGUUUUAAAUAUAUUUCACCACUUGACCUUGCCGUCAGAGAGCUCUUUCUGACGCGGAACUGAAGCUGUCAUACAGUCGCUCCAGGAUAUUAACUUAAAUUCAGCCAGCCUCGCAAUUCUAUCCAAUCACAUCAAUAUAGAUGAACUGUAUUAUGUUUUAGAAUUGCACAUUGAUUCGCUCAGCCCCUUCUUGCCCCGCUCUCACACUCUCUGUUCAUCAUGAGACCACCGAUGCGGGACCAGAGCUCUGUGUCUGGCACAGAGUCGCAAACGGUGACACUGCCAGCGUUACCCAAUGAUUAUUGUGAGAUUGUCUGGAAUGCUUGACGGCUUGGUCUCGGGUGUUAGCCGCUGCAGCUGCUGUGUUAGCUCGUGCUAGAUGGUCCUUUAGCAAUCGUUGACGCACAUUUGCGAAUCCUAGGCUAGUGAAUGAAUGACCCGCCCUGUGCUCACUAUGAUUGUUGUGCUAGAUGCUAGUGAUUGUUGCCUUCAUUGGUGGGGUUGGUUAGGUUUAGGCAAGAGGAGUAGGAUUGUUUUGGGUAAGAAUGUCAGGGUAAGCCAAUCAGCGGGCCAUUUCUUCGAGGAGAUUUAGUGGUAAACACCAAGUGCUCUUAAUAAUAAGCUUUGAGUCUGUGACAACAUCGCAACAUGCAUCACAAUUUUCUUGAAAAGUUGCUGUGAAAUCAGGCAUUUCAGGCCGCGGCAAUCCCACAAACAGCCCACGAAAUCCUGAAGGGACUCCGGCUUUUCAAGAACACCAGACUCCAUUUACAAAAACAGUAAUUUUACGUUGCAGAACACAGGAGCUGCUGGUCAACCGCUGCCUCCAUCACGUAUUUUGUUCCUAUUAUUGUGCGACUUUGGUGUUUUCAACGGGUUUGUUCAGAUUCACCAAAGUCACAUAUUAAGACAAGCAAACAAACAUGGAUGGACACAGCGGCACACCAGCACACCAGCAGCUCGUGUGUUCUACGAGGUAAAAUUACUGUUUUUGUCAAUGGAGUCUGGUGGCUUUGACAAGAGCGUAAAUAGGUACAAAAGCUUCAGUUCCCUGUCAGAAAGAGCUCUCUGACGGCAUGAUUAAAUGGUGAAAAUAUAUUAAAUAUAGCGUACACUUAAACUGAUAGCUACAAUAGGUUGUGCUGUUGCCCCUGUAAACGGCACAACAUUCAUUACCUUCCAUGUCAGACUCCUUCCUGCUUCUCCAAACUGGAGACAUCUACUGCAGGUAAUACACUGCCUAUAGACAAAGCACUUCAAAAAAAUCUGAGCUAUCCCUUUAAAGAAUAUCAGCUGAGUAGAGUAUUUAUUCCACCCUCCACACACGAGUGAAAGGGUUGCGCUUUAAGGCUGAAUAAUGCAGCUGCUUAAUUAAAACGUGUGAAGAAAUGUUGCCAAGUUCACGAGUCAACAAACUUUAAAACAAAAGGGAAAAUAAAAAUAACAGUAAUGCAAAAACAAAAAAGUCCCUCAUGUUGUACAAAUUAAAUCACUUGAUAUUUUUUGGCAAUCAUGGACCUGAUAUAACUACCACAUCAGAUGUGGCUUCCCUCACGUCUGUCGUACUCAGUCGAACGUGCACUGAAAUACAAAAUGAGAGACAAAGUGGAUGCUGUUGAAGUUUGUUUGUGGUCGAAUGUACAGAUUUCAAAUGGUUUUCCUUUAAUGAAAGAGACUAAUUUUGAUGGCGGCCAAUAAAGAUGCAAUUUUGAAUAUGAAUUUCAUCACAUUUUGAUCAUAAACCUGUCUGUUGAAUCCAUUUGUAUGAACGAAGUGGAACGUAUGUGUGGACCGAACGGAUCGUGGUCUGGUACAAACACCGGCCACCAUCUGGGGAGGUUAUGUAGGAGUUGUUGCUAUGGAUACGCUGGUGUAUCGCCAUGUGCUGCUAUUAUGAGCCUCCAUCGAAAGUGCCUCACAAGACAAAUUCCCAUUCAUUCAUAUUCAGAAUUACAGGAACAGUAAUACUUUGAUUCUCAUUUAAACCUUCGAGAGUAAAAAUUUAGUGUUACAUCAUCAAAUAAUGACAUGACUAUUUUUUUUUCAUUGGUUUGUUACUUUGAUCAAUAAAGGUAAUGUCAACUUGU